AUGAACAGUACGGAGAAUGAUGAAUUGGGAAGGAGUGGAUGCGACAUGGUUUAUCAGGGGAAAACGGGAGUACCACCGUGGGAGAGAAAGUUGUGUGUGUAUAUUUUAGGGAAUUUAUGGAGGAUUAAGGAAAAAAAGGAGGGUGAUGAGGACCGUAAUGGAAUAAAUGGAAAAAUGAGAGAAUAUGUUCAAUGUACAAUAAUGAAUCUAUGGUUAUAUAUAUACCAGUAUAUAUAUUGUGAAAUGACAAGUAUAAUGCAAAGCGCCUAUGAAGCAAUGCAGAUUUUCUACAAAACGCUCCAGACCAAACAGGGGGAAAACUACAGUAUAUGCGAGUACGGAAAAUUCACUACUAUGAAAAUAGGAAGCACAAAUAUAUUGGACUAUAUAUUUAAUAGAACGAGGACAAGAGGGCAACUUAUGGGAAAAAUAAAGGAAAUGAAGCCGGGAGAUUACUGUGAUAGGAAAAGAAAUAAUGUUAACAAGGAGGACGAAGCAGAAAAUGGGGAAAAAGAGAAAUAUAAAACGGUCGAGGCGGAAGUUCCAGAUUUACAGAAUAAAUUAGCAAUAGUGAAGAGGAAUUUACAGAAAGUAGCACAAUCUGUACCAGCUCGCCCUAAUGGACAGAUCCCACCACAUCAACCAACAGUAUCAGCAGGACAACCAAGUGCAGCAGCAGCACCGCAACAAAAAAUGACCACGCAGCAGUUUAAUUUCAUAUCCCAAUUAUUGGAAAGAUGGAUAAGGGCAGGAAAAGUGGGAGAUUUGGACAAUUUUGGGGACCUUAUAUGGAAGGAUCUGAAGAAAUUCUGGCAAGACAUGAUGUAUAAUAUAGAGGUGGAUGGAAAGGAGGAUGGAGAAAUGUGUUCCACGUUGAGCAAGGACACCAACGAGGAAAAAGGGUUAUGCAAACUUCUAGCAAGAAUGUUUCUUUGGAUGGAUGGAUUAAAGCAAGAGCACGAAGACCAAGGGCCGAAGGGAGUAAGGCGCACUUACUGGAAAAAAAGAGAGGAUGGGGAUGAACUAGAAAAGGAGGAGCUCAAAUCUUAUUAUAGGUGUUUAAUUGGAAAACUUACUAUUCUAAAAAUGUUAGGACAACAUUGUAAGUUAAAGGAAGUAUCAAAACACAUUAAAAGUGAAAUAGACAUGAAAAGAAAGAAUUUUAACGGUGGGAAUCAACUCUGUAAGGACGUGGAUUUCGGAAGUUUAUAUUUGGGGAAAAAGUUCAUGUGGGAUAAAAUUAAAGAAUGGAUAGAUGAUUUUAAUAUUGGAGAUGAUUAUGGUGUUGGGUUACCGAAAGUAGAUAAAGAAAACAGCAAAUUGCACACAAUAAGGGACGAAGUACAAAACAAUACAAUUUGCCCAAAGGGCGGGGAAAAAAGUAUUGACCCAGAAACCUUACAAAAUUUAGAAAUAAAAGUUAUCGACGACGAUAAUGAAGACCUAUCCCUAGAGGAAGCCACUGACCAUCCCGAGAAGAAACCUUCAGGGAAGGAAGAGUUGAAUAAAGUAUUGAAGGAAGCGGAAGUAAAGAAGGAAGAAGAUGAGACUGUCCUUGUACAACGGAUAAAGGAUUCAUUGUGGAACAAAUUUCAAGAGCAUAAGGCAGGUGUUCAAAAGAGGCAUCAGGAAAAAUUAGCUAAGUCGAAUGAGCAGGGCGAACAAGAUCAGGGGACACAGAGAGUACAACUACCACAGAAACCACAAGCACCACCACCUAAACCGCAAGGUAAGGAAUGUAAUGACAGGGACCUAUGUGAACGUGUCAAUUGUGUAGCAGAAACGUGGACAAAAAUCAGGGAGAUAAAUAGUAUAAUAUUCGGAAGGAGCUGGCCGAACAAAUUUUGGGAUAAUGAUGUCAAGAAAGAACUGGGACGACUCUCUAAUUACAUGCUCCAGAAGAAAGAGGAGGUUGCCAAGGAAUGUGCUAGCAUGAGCGGUGCAAAUAAGGAGGCAUGUGAGUUGCUGACUGCAGGAUUAAAACAUAUAUACAAUACUCAGGUAGAUAUGAACAAUAUUGACAAAGAUCAAGCGAAACAUAAUAGACCAUUUUAUCAAACUAUGUCUUGUGCAGCAUUAAACCUUUAUGCAGAUAUGCUUAUAAAGAAGACAGAGGGUCAGCCAUGUCCUAUCACCGAAGUAGAAAUAGGAAAAAUGUUUAAUAAAGGAAAUGGACAGAAGGAUAAGUGGUGUACUGAUAAAAGUAAGAGCGGUGAUUGUGUUAAGUGUGAAAGAAAACCUAACUUUGAUUGUGAAAUAAAGUAUAAUAAUAACACAUACAAUGUAAAGACGAAAGUGAAUGGAUUCCUCCUGAACGACACCAACAUAACUAAUACCUUCACUACCAUAAAUAAUGCAACUACUUUAUGUCAACGUGCAAAUUGUGUAGCACACAAUUGGUUUAAAGACAGAGAGGCAGGUGGCAAACAAAAUUGGUGCACAUUUUGGGAUCCGGACGCCAAGAGUAGACUGAACGAAAUAUCUAAAAAAAUGGUGGAUGGAAGCGCAACCAUGGGUACACUGUGCGGAACCGCUGAUGAGAAGGGCACUGCAUGGAGUGCUGCAGAAAAGGAGGCCUGCAAGCUUAUUACUGCAGGUUUAAAGGGCAUUUAUGAAGUUCAGGAGAAUGAGAGAGAGUCGGACAGGACAAAAGCAAGGAAUAAUAGAUUAACAGAACAAACCCUGCAUUGUCUGUUCCUGAAUGCGUACGCAGAUAUACUUAUACAGAAAACAGAGGGGCACACUUGCCCCAUCACAGAAACAGAAAUAAAAGAAAUGUUUAAAAAGGGAAAUGAUAAGAAGGAGGACUGGUGUGUGAAUAAUAAGACUAAGCAGAGUAAUAAUUGUGUUACUUGCACAAGGGAACCUAAUCUAAAGUGCGAACUAAGAGUAGAUAGCAAACUGUGGGAUGAAGAAAAAAGUAAAAAGUGCCUGACAUACAAUAAAAAUAUAAAAAAGAAGUUGGAUGACUUGCUCGAAAAAAAUAGCGAAAUAGAAAAAACAUUCACUACCAUAAGAAAUGCAAGUACUUUAUGUGAACGCGCACAAUGUGUAGCAGACAAAUGGGUCCAAAACAGAACAUCGGGAGGCUUGAGUAAAACUUAUAAUGACAUGUGGGGAACGGGUGAUAUAGGGGCAGAUUUGGAGAAACUGUCUAAAGCUAUGACAAGUGAUAGUACACCUACCGGGAAUGUAUGUCAAGACUUUCAGGGUAACGGUGGUACAAAUGGCCCUGCUAAUAAAAAGGCAUGUGAGCUUAUUGCUAAAGGAUUACAUCAUAUAUACAAAAUUCCUGCAGAAAAAACAGAUUCACAUCCUGAGGACAACCAAUUAUUUAAGAGAACUUUCUCUUGUGUCUUAUUAAAUGCAUACGCAGAUAAAAUAAAAGAAAAAUGUUCGACGAUGCAGGAAGAAAAAAUAAAGGAAAUGUUUAGUAAAGGAAAUACACAGAUGGAAACUUGGUGUGUGGAUAAGGAGAAUAAUGGGAAGGUUAAGUGUUUGAAAUGUGAAUGGGAUACAACUUAUAAAAAUUGUCAAGUAGGCAAAGGCAGCAACAUUCAGAAGGUAGGGGACAAAGUACAGGAUGUGUUCGAGAAUGGGAAAACUGACCUCGAAAAGCCGCAAAUAAAUCAAGCUCUAGAUUCCAUAACUAACAUAUGUACAAGAACUACUAACAAACCAGACCAAUCAGCUGCUGCAUCAUCCCAACCUUCAGCAGGAGUGUUAAGGAGUGAUAGUGAAGAUGGGGAAAUUGCAACACUACCAGGUAAGAAUCCACAGAGUAUCAAUGAUUUGGAAGUUCUUCCUCCGGACCUUGAUGGUCAUGACAAUCUAGUAGGAUGUUUUGGUGAAGAUUGUAACCUUGACGACGAUUAUUUGAGAAGUGGUACCUAUUCCAGUACUGGAAAAUAUGGAAUUGUUACUGCCACUGAAAUUACUUCUAACAUUGUAGGCCCUAAUGUAGAUAAUAGUACAGGGGAAGAUGGACAGGAACGAAAGGAUGUUAGUGUUCCAACUUCUGGAACUGGAUCCUUACCUGGAGGUCCAGGUACUGCCACCGCGACUCCCAGGUCCCAGGAUCCAGAAACAGGUGCAAAUGUUCCCGACAGUUCAGGUGGUGGAGGUGGCAGUGGUAGUAGUAGUACAAGUAGUAGUAGUAGUGGUGGUCACAGUAGUGGUACAGGCAGUGACCCAAGUGUCGUACCUGGUGCCCCAGGUGGUACUGGUGGGAACACUAUUGGACAAGGUGGUCCUGGUCCAAGGGGUCCUAAUGGUCCAAGGGGUCCUAAUGGUCCAAGUGGCCCAACUGGUCAAAGUCCUGGUCCAGGACAACAGCCCCCACCACCUGGACCAUCACCAGGUAUACCAUCAGCACCAAGAAGACCAUUAACAACACAGAAAGGAUCCCAAACAGCAAAUUCAUCACCUGGGGAUGUUACAAUAGGAAAAGGUGGUCGAGGGAAGGUUACCGUAGGCACCCCCCUUCCUCCUGCUGUCCCACUUACUAACAAGAUCAACUCGUCUAAUGUUACUCCAUACCUUCCUUUAAUUCCUGUGACUAUCGCCGCCUCUGUUACGAGUUAUCUGCUGUGGAAGUAUUUUGCACUACCCGGUAAAAGAAAACGUCACAGGAGAGCUCAUGAAGUAUCUGGUCCAACAUUGGAAGAACCACUCCAUGAUCAUGUGGACGACCAGAAUGGUCCACAUGAAUAUACCUUAGUAAAGGAGCGAAAACAACCAGGAUCUGCUCCAGAAAGAACAAAAGGGGAAAAAAAACAGGGUGUUGGUCGCCGCACCAUUAUUGAUAUCCAUUUAGAAGUCUUAGACGAAUGUCAAAGGGAAGACCUGCAUUCGACGAAGGAAGAUUAUCUUCAAAUCAUUGUGGAAGAAUUUAUGAGAAGAGAAUUUAUAAAAGAAGAAAAGGACAAAAUAUGGGAAGACCUCGAAAAAAUAUUGAAAGAUAUGAUUAAGGCUGUGGAACCCAAUCAUCACUUAAUAAAUGAACUCUGUUCCGGUUCAGCAACUAAUGAGGAAAACAAUAGGGAUAAUACUGACAAGAGGCUAUGCAAAACUAUGGUGAAAAUGUUAAUGUAUAUGGAUGGGGUAAAAAUUGGAACAUACAACAGCAUAGUGUCUGUGGAAGAUAAAUUUGGCGGGGAAAAAUUAGAAUCUUAUUUAAGAUGCCUAGUAGGGAGGCUAGCUAUGGUAAAAUGGUUUGGAAGACACUGUAGAUUAGAGAAAGUUGAACAAGAUGUAAUUCAGGCUGAGCAGGCUACAAUGUUCGCAAAUGUAAAGGGGGGGAAGUAUAAGGAGUGUGAAGGCAUGGAUUUAGGAAGUUUAAGAAUUGCAGGGAAGUACAUAUGGCCAGAAAUGUAUAAGUGGACAAAGAACAAUGAAGGACUUCCGUGGGAAUUGAAGAAAACAGUGAAGGAGUGGGAUGAAUGUACAGGAGAGAAUAGUAGAGAAAAUAUAAAAGCCAGAAGUAAGAACAAAGGGGAAAAGAGAAAUAAGGAAAUAUUUGGUGUAGACGGCGAGGAUGAACUGAGGGCCUUAGUUGAGGAUAAGGAAGAAUGGCCAAAGGAGGAUAUGAAGGAAAUAUUAGGAGAAAUAAAGAAGAAUGAAAGCGGGGAUGAGAGUGUCCUUGUACAACGGAUAAGGGAUUCACUGGACAAAAAAUUUCAAGAGCAUAAGGCAAAAGUAGAAAGGGAGAGGGCUGAGAAAGCGGCACAAGUAGCCAGAGCAACAAUUGAAGAAUGUAAGAACGGAGGUAAAUUAUGUGAACGCGUAACAUGUGUAACAAAUCAGUACCAUACGGACAAGGGAGGGAAUCCCGACUGGGAUCAAAUGUGGAGGGAUGUAGUGAAAAUGGUUGAUCCACUAGUAGAUGCAAUAUCUAAGGCGGACACGAAGGCGGACAGUUAUUGCAAUGACGAUAGAUGGAACAAUAAUGCAGUGACUUUUGCAGAAAGGGAAGUGUGCAAGUUCAUUGCUAGGGGACUGCAUCAUAUAUAUAGAACUCAGACAGGCGACGGACGGACGGACGAUAGGGCCAAGAAUGACCAAAGAUUUAAAAGAACUAUGGAAUGUGUUCUACUGAACGAUUAUGUCGAUAAAUUAAAAGAAAAAGCGAAGAAGAAAGGGAAUUGUGAUGUUGAGAGAGGCAUUAAUGAAGCCUUUAAGAAAAGUGAACAAAUUAAAAAUGAAACAGUUCCAUGCAACAGUGAUAAUAACUGUGCUGUGUGUUUAAAGGAAGACUAUAAAAAUUGUACAGUAGGCCAAGAUAACUUAAAGGAGAAAGUGACAACAAUGCUCCAACAGAAGAAUCAGGACAUUCAGAAAACCCUGGAAGAAAUAUGCAAAGACUGUAACAAGGAACCCACCUUAUGUGAACGUACAAAGUGCGUGACAAUUACUUGGUUCCAGGACAGGAAAUCUCCUACCAUAGGAAAUCAGAACUGGUGCACAUUCUGGGAUCCGGACGUAAAGGGGAAAUUAACAGGUCUGUCUGAAAAAAUAGCAAAGGACGACACAGAGGUCGCUGCUUUAUGCGAUAAAAUUGAUGAGAAGAGCGCUAUACUGAGUAAAGCACAGAAGGAAGCGUGUAAUUACAUAGUUAAAGGAUUAAAAUAUAUAUAUGGUGUCCAAAGUGGAAGUAGUAGUAUGGAUAGCAAUAACAGAAUAUUUAAGCAAACCAUGUACUGCCUAUUCCUGAAUGCCUAUGCCGAUAAAUUGAAAGAAAAGAAUCCUACUUGCAUAAACGAAGAUACCAUAAAAGAAGCAUUUAAGAAAGGGAAUGAGAAGAAAGAUCCUUGGUGUUUGGAUAAGGAGAAGGGUGAUUGUGCAGUGUGUAAACGGGAGGAAAACUAUGGAGAAUGUAAAUUAGACAUAAAUAAAAGUCUCUGGAAGCCAGGAAUGUGCGAGACAGACAAAGAUGAUGUAAAGAAAAAAGUGGAUGGGCUGCUCAACAGUGAUGGUAAAAUAAAGACAACACUAAAUACUAUAAGUUCUACAAAUAACUUAUGCAAUCGUGCAAAGUGCGUAACAACACAAUGGUUUAAGAACAGAAAGGACAGGACUAGCAAGCAACACUGGUGUAACUUUUGGGGGGAGAACGACGUCGGUAAAUUAUUGGAGGGUCUGUCUAAGGCUAUAACGAAGAACAACAGAGCCAAAGGAGGAGUGUGCGAUAACAUUAAAGGGACAAAUGGUACAUAUGUAGAAGCAAACAAGCAAGCUUGUAAUUACAUUGCUCGAGGAUUAGAAUAUAUAUAUAGUAUCCAAAGUGAAAGCGAGAAUAUGAAACAUAAGGAUAACGGGCUAUUUAAUCGAACUAUGUCAUGCGUUCUAUUGAACGCUUAUGCUGACAGAUUGCUCAAACAGAAUAAGUCUUGCAUAUCGGAGGAGACUUUAAAACAGGCAUUUAGUAAAGGGAAUGAGAACAGGGACUCCUGGUGUGCAGAUAAGAAGAAGUAUGGUAAUGACUGUGUUGAGUGUAAAAGGGAAUAUAACUUAGAUUGCACACUAAACGUGGAUGAAAAUCUAUGGGAUGUAAAAGGAAGUGCAAGUUGCAUGGAACACAAAGAUAAUGUAAAGAAAAAAGUAGAGGAACUGUUCCAACAAAAUAAUGGCAAAAAGAAUAAGGAAAUAGAUGAAAUGAAUCAAACUCUGAAAGAUUUAUGUACUGUGACAGUUACACCUGCGGCUGCCAAACCAGCUGCCACUAAACCAGCAACUACGAAACCUGUUCAAAAAGGAACGCGGGAAAGUGUCGCAAAUCCAGGUAAGGCGGACGUUGAUGAAAAUGGGCUACCUAAAUUAGACGAUGAUAUACCUUUCAAGAAUACCGGCAUCAAUAAUACUCUGGAUCCCAUUGGUUACAACACAUAUGGUUCCAGCACAGGUACUUCUAUUAGUACUACUACUACCGUCCUAGAUCCCCCGAAUGUACAUAUUCCCAAUUCUGCCUCCUCAGCUACAGCAGAAGGGAAAGGUGACAGUGCUUCUACAGGUAAACACGCUGAUAGUGAAACUCCAAGCACAAGAACAGACACUCAAACUCCUUCAGGCUCCGCAGUCCUACCUCCAGUUCCAGCAAAAAAUGCAGAUGAACUUUCCACUCAGAACCCUGUUGACCAAACAGGGACUAGUCAGGAUGUCAGUAAAGAGGUUACUAAGGAUAGUGUUAAACAGGCGGGUGAAGCCCUUAGCACCGAUAGAAAAGAUGUGCAGACUGCUUUAUCUGAUUCUUCCACUACACUUACUGCUCCAAGAACAAAUGAACCACAACUUCCGGUGCCCGAUCCUCAGAUUCCCCUUCCUGAUCAAGCCACUCAGCAACCUGGUUCCUCUGGUCCUGGUGUGGUUGGUGACCCUGGGGCAGGUAUUCCUGUAGUGCCAGGUGCAGGUGUUCCAGGGUCUGUCAGUCCUGUUGUUACACCUGGUAGGGGUGGUGGUGGGAAGGCUCCCCAAGGUCCAAUUGGUCCUGCUGGUCCGGCAGUUAACAUUGUACCAGGAGCUGGAGUUACACGAGGUGUGGUUCAAGUUUCUGGGGGAUACAAAAAAGGACCCUCUAAGAUGAAAGUUGUAAACGGUAAGGAUGGUUGGAAGGAAGGGAUCGACCCUUUCCUUCCUUACCUUCCUUUGGCCUCUGUGUUCCUUGGUACUUCUGUCAUAAGUUAUCUCCUUUGGAAGGUAACAAACACCUCAUUUUUCACCUUAAAUCUACACUUCUAUUUUUUCCUUUUUGGUAAAAGAAGAAAACGUCACAGAAGAUCUCAUCAAGUACGUGGUCCUCCAACUUUGGAAGAACAACCUCUUGAUCAUGUGGACGACCAGGAUGGUCCCCAUGAAUAUAUUUUAGUAAAGGAACGCAGACAACCAAGAUCUGUUCCAACGGGGACGAAGAAGCCAAAAAAAUGGGGUGCUGAUCGUCGCCCUGCUGGUCGCCGCACCAUUAUUGAUAUCCAUUUAGAAGUCUUACACGAAUGUCAAAAAGGGGGCCUGCAUUCGACGAAGGAAGACUUCCUCAGCAUUCUUGUUCAAGAGUUUAUGGGGUCAAGCUUCAUAAAAGAAGAAAAUGUCUCUAAGGAAAGUGUUUUUAAAGAAAGUGUCCCUAAGGAACAGGUUCGAAGUUCACGUUUAGGGUCCCAGGUGUGGGACCCGGGUUCAGAGUAUGGGAUCCAGAGUUCAGGUUAA